AUGGCGCAAUCAUUCUUGAAGAACUACCUGGGCCUUGGACGGUCGUCGCCGGCGGAUGACAAAACCCCCAUCAGGGCUUUGCCGGCCUCUUGGUACACCUCACAGGAAAUGUAUGAGCUUGAGAGACGAGCGAUUUUCUCCCGAAAAUGGCUUCUGACCACGCACAAACUGAGACUGGCCAACCCAGGGGACUGGCUACGAUAUGAAGUGGCCGGUUUCCAGUUCAUUCUCUGUCGAGACCGCGAUGGGAACCUCAAUGGCUUUCACAAUGUCUGCAGACAUCGUGCCUUUCCUAUUGUGACUGAGGAAAAAGGGCACAACAACAUCUUUUCUUGUAAAUACCAUGGUUGGUCAUAUGGCCUCAACGGCAACCUCACAAAAGCACCGGAAUAUCAAGAUCUGCCUGGAUUUGACAAGUCGAAGAAUGGUCUUCUGCCCAUCCAUACCCAUAUCGACCAUAAUGGAUUCAUCUGGGUGAACUUGGAUGGUGGUGCGAAGCCAGAGAUUGCCUGGAACGAUGACUUCGAAGGCGUCGACAAGCAAGACAGGUUUCAACACUACAAUUUCGACGAGUACCAAUUUGAUCACAGCUGGGAGAUGGAGGGCGAAUAUAAUUGGAAAAUCUUGGCCGACAAUUACAACGAGUGCUAUCACUGCAAGACGACACAUCCUGACAUUCCCACCAUCGCGGAUCUCAGUUCUUACGGGGUCGAGACAAAGGCCGGCCAUAUCCAACAUUUCGGCAACCCUACGCCGGAACAGAUUGCCCGUGGUCUGAGGGUGGCUGCCACCUAUUUUUUCCCCAAUGCCUCCCUGAACGUUUCGCCGCACUUUUUCUUCAUCCAGAGAUUUGUGCCCAGCGGUCCUGUCAAGUCGACCAUGAAAUAUGAAGUCUACAGGAACAAGAACUCUAGUGAUGAAGAUUUUGAACUCGUCAACCAAAUCUACAAGAGAAUCAUGUCGGAGGACAAGUACCUGUGCGUCAACACACAGAAGAAUCUCAACGCGGGAGUUUUUGUCAACGGCGAGUUGCACCCCAGGAUGGAGAAGGGCCCUCUGUUCUUCCAGAAAACAGUGCGCGAGCUUGUGCAAGCCCACCACAAGCGAGAGACAGAUGCCCAUGAUGAGAUUUGGCCGGCUCGACAAACUCUCCCCAAGGCCGAUGUGACCAGCCAGAAAGACGUUGCCUUCUGCUCCGCUGUGGAUUGCUGCAGGAUCAAUAAGGAGCCCAUUGCAGCGUAG